CCGCCAUCGCGGGCGGGUCGGUGCGGCUCCACGCGGGCCCGGCGGCGGGACAGGGCAGGAGCCAGCUGUCACAGUGUCACACAGAGGCAAUCUGCUCUAUACUGGCUGUAAGCAGUUGUUGAAAAAGUAAGAUGGAGGAAAAGGAGAAGAAGAAGCAUCGAGCAAAGCACAGCGGGCCGAAGGCGGAGAAGAAAAGGAAACGUUACCUCAAUGAGUUAGGAAUAGGAGAUGAGGAGAAUGCACGGAAGAGAAACCCCAAAGCCUUUACGGUCCAGUCCGCUGUGCGGAUGGCCAGGACUUUCCAUAGAACUCAGGAUUUGAAGACUAAAAAACAUCACAUCCCUGUGGUUGACCGUACUCCUUUGGAGCCACCUCCUGUGGUGGUGGUUGUGGUUGGCCCUCCCAAGGUUGGGAAGAGCACCGUAAUAAAAUGUCUUAUUAAGAACUUCACAAGGCAAAAGCUGGUUGAAAUCCGGGGUCCUGUUACCAUCGUUUCAGGUAAAAAACGCAGGCUAACUAUUAUUGAAUGUGGGUGUGACAUUAACACAAUGAUAGACCUGGCUAAAGUCGCCGAUUUGGUUCUUAUGCUUAUUGAUGCCAGCUUUGGAUUUGAGAUGGAAACAUUCGAAUUCCUGAACAUUUGUCAGGUACACGGCUUUCCCAAAAUUAUGGGAGUUCUCACCCAUCUGGAUACGUUCAAGAACAACAAACAAUUAAAGAAGACUAAAAAGAAGUUAAAGCACAGAUUCUGGACUGAAGUGUAUCCGGGUGCUAAGCUGUUUUACCUGUCUGGGAUGGUUCACGGAGAAUAUCAAAAGCAGGAAAUUCACAAUUUGGGGCGGUUUAUCUCAGUUAUGAAAUUCCGACCUCUUACUUGGCAAACGUCUCACCCGUAUGUUCUUGCAGACAGAAUGGAAGAGUUGACAAACCCAGAAGACAUUAGACUCAAUCCCAAAUGUGACAGGAAGAUAUCACUUUAUGGAUACUUGAGAGGAGCACACCUGAAAAACAAAAGUCAAAUUCAUAUGCCAGGUGUAGGAGAUUUUACUGUGAGUGAUGUGAGUUUCCUACCAGACCCCUGUGCUCUGCCUGAACAGCAGAAGAAGCGUUCUUUAAAUGAGAAAGAGAAGUUAGUCUAUGCCCCGCUUUCAGGAGUGGGGGGCAUUGUAUAUGAUAAAGAUGCUGUUUAUAUUGACCUUGGUGGAAGCCAUGCUCAUGAAAAAGAAGAGGAGGAAGUGAGACCAAAUCACGAACUAGUUCAGAGCCUCAUCUCCACACAUUCAGCCAUUGAUGUUAAGAUGGCGUCAAGCAAAGUCUCUCUAUUCAUGGACUCUAGACCCUUGGGUUCAGAAGAUGUAGGACAAGAGUUUGUGAUGCCAAAAGAAGAGAGACAGAUUGAUUUGAAGACUGGAAGAGUUCGUCGGAAGGCAGUGUUUGAAGAAGAAGAAGAGAAAGAAAAUGAUGAUGCGGUAAGUGAUGAGGAAGAUGAAGAAGAAGCAGCAGCAAUGUCUGAGGAUGGAAGUGAUGGCGAUGAUGAAGACGAUGCUGAGGAAGAAAGUGACAGAGAGCUAAUAGAGGAAGAGAUGCAUGUUGGGAGAGCCAAACGUCUGAAAACAGAGCUGGCUAAAGAAGAAGCUGUGAAUGAGCUGCCAGCGUUUGCAGACAGUGAUGAUGAUCUAGAGAUGAGUUCUGAAGGAGAAGGAGGAGAAACUGCCCCUGAAGAGAAUGAGAUGGAGGAAGAUGAUGAUAAUGGGGAGGAGGAGGAAGAUGAUGAUGAGCAAAGGACUUAUGAAAAUGAAAGCUCAGAUAGUGAAUUUGAGGUUGCAAGCAAAAAAGUAGCUGAAUCUAAGCAGUGUGAAAUAAAUAGUAAAGGUACAGAAAGGAGACCACAAAUCUCAGAUCACAGACUGAAAAGAAAAUCAGUGCUUACUACAGAUUCAGGAAACUGCACAGCAGAAGAGGCAUCAGAAUCUGAGGCUGAAAGCUCUUCCCUCGAUGAGGGUGAUGAUGAAGAAGGAUCACGUGAUGAAUUAGAAGUUGAAGAGUCAAAGAAGAAGGGAUUUCCACACACUCAAGCAAAGAAAACUGAUAGUAUUAGCCAGACUAAACGGAAAGCUGUAGAAACUGAGGACGAUGAUGUGGAGAAUCUACUGAAAGAGGAAGAGGAGUACGAAGAAAAAAUAGAUCUUUCUGCUGACACGACAGGUGCACUUAAGUGGAAAGAGGACCUUACACAGAAGGCAGCUGAGGCCUUUCUAAGACAACAACGUUCAACACCCAAUCUCCGUAAACUCGUAUAUGGAACAGCUGUCGAGGAUGAGGACCAUGAGAGUGAGGAUGCAGGUGAUGAACUUGGAGGUUUGUUUCGUGUCAGCCGUCCAGACAAGGCAUCCAAACAGAAGGCUAAUGCUCUUGACUGCUCCAAAUUUCUGGUAGAAAAGCCGCAAGAUUGGGAUUUAGAAGAGGUUAUGAGCAGUAUUCGAGACUGCUUUGUUACUGGAAAGUGGGAAGAUGAUAAAGAUGCAGCAAAGUUGUUGGAGGAAGAUGGUAUGUGUAAGACUUAUAAAAAUGAUUACUGUACAGAGGAUUUUAAGGAAAAGUUCCCUGUCCUAUAA